GUGUUAUUGUGGAGGUUCUACCAAAUCGUUUCAAUUUUCUUUAUGCUAAAAAAUCAAUAACUUCACAAGCAUACAUUUCUGCACAGCUGAGUACUGAAAAAGAACUUAGCAAUGUUGAGAAAAUAUUUUAAUGGAUCACUGUCGAAUGAUGUGCACGAAUCAGUCAGAGACGUCUGGAUGAGAGCAUUGAUAGACCGUUACAGUUCACCUGACCGUCGUUGUCACGGUCUGGAUGAUUUAAAUGACUGUUUGCAACAAUUUGAAACAGCCAGACCUUUAGUAAAAAAUCCAAAUGCAGUUAUUUUAGCUAUAAUUUUUCGAUAUUUUGAAUAUGACCCUAAGUUAGCUGACUGUAGUGAAGACAAUAUAAACCAUUUCAAAAGGUUCUCCGAAGAAUCAAAACUUAAUAUGGAUACAGUUUUGUGUGACAAUGUUAUUUCAUUAUUAAAAGUUGGUGCAACUAAUAGUACAGAAGAGCAUAAAACUGAAGGAUGUUAUGGAUGUGAGGAUAAACAUUACUUUUUGGAUGUAGACAUGGCCAUUCUAGGUAUGGGACCGGCUGAUUAUGAAAAAUACACAAACCAUGUUCGAGAAGAAUAUGCUUUCCUUGAUGAAGAAACAUAUAAAGAAUUACGUAUAAAGGUUCUUGAAAGUUUUCUACAAAUUCCUAACAUAUAUGCUACAAAGUUCUAUAGAGAUAAAUAUGAAUCAGUGGCUAGGAAUAAUAUCCAAAGAGAAAUUAAUUCUUUAAAAUCUGUAUCCAUGUAAAUAAUAGAUGUGUUAAACACAAGUUUCUAUAGUGUAAUUAUAGACAUAUAUAAAACAAUAUUAUGUUGUUAUGAGUAUAUGAGUAUACCGUAUACCAGAUUAGCAAAAAAAUACAAUUUAAUUGAAGCUCAUCAACCAUGUUUUGGGUAGGAAAAAUUGUAAACUAUUUAUGCAAUUUACCGAAUAACCGAAGAAGCUUAUAUGGCCAUUUCCAUGUUCAAUUGACAAUUACCAACCAAUAAAAUAUCAAUAAGUGCAACAAAAUUAAUUUGAUGACACCGGCUGCUUAUCUAGUGUAGCAUAAAAUCCUGUGUUCUUAAAAAAAUUGUUUUUAUUUUAACACAUAAUAUAUUUUACUUUUAAAAUUGAAUGUGUCAGUC